CCGCCUGUAGAGGCAACAGCUGUCGGCGCGUAGUGCAGUUUCACUCUGCCCUCCUAAAAUAACCUGGUUAGAAAUCGUCCAACUUUGGCGCUGGUGUUGCCGUGCUAACGUUAGUACGAACUACUUACCAUGUUUUCAUGAGAUGUGUCGCUUCAGUUGAUUGUUUUUUACAUCAAUGGCCUCUUGUACAAUAAACUGGACAACGGCAUGUUCCAACACCAUUCUGUCCUCCACCGCGCUGUAUUCCUCCUAUCGGCUCUUUAAGGAUCACAGGGCCCCUUCUGCAGGCCUGUUCCUUCUCGGGAUCUCGGCAGGAUUUUGUUGUCUGCAUCUUUCCAACCCCCACCUCACCGCCCUCCGAAACGAGGUGGAGUGGGCUAGUGAGGUCUUGGCCCCGGCUCUAGUCUCGUUUGACUUCCUGUGGCUCAGUGAAGACCGCAGCACGGCCCAUAUCCUCCUGUGUGGCUCCUGCCUCUUUCUCGGACUUUGCGACCGGUUGUCGGCAGACGCGAUCGUACUGAUGACCCGCUGUCUGACCCUCUCCUCUCUGUCCUGCUGCUUGACGGUCUGUCUUUUCGCAGGAAAUGCUCUGGGCGCCCUCGGCAGUGUGGCCCUCAGCCUACCCUCGCUUGUGGCCCCCAGGGUUGAAGUCGACGCUCUGGGUCCCCUCAUCUCGUCAGCUGCCGCUGAAGGAGUGCUGAAGUGGCUGCUGAAAGGAUCCAUGUCUGUAGGCUGCUGGGCCUCCACAUGUGCCUUGAGGAAGUUUCAAUCAGAGGUGAACACAUGGACUGACUGACCAAUGAAGACAUUUGAUGAGUCGAAGGACUUGCGUAAUUAGUUAAGAUCAGUUUUUAACACGUCUAAGCCCCGCCCGUGUCUUCAACUGCUUACUGUUAGUGGACAAAGUGAGAAAAUGAUGUGUCUAACCUGAGUCGUGAUUCAUUCCCUAGUGUUAACGAAGCAGCUCUAACCCACACGUGGCUUUAAUUUCCUAACGAGGAGUUCGUAGGCGUCAGAAGACGAGGUGUUUUCCAGUUAAUGAGAAAACUAAAUACUGUAUGUCUUUUUUUUAAAUUGAGACACCUCAAUAUAAUUAUUCCCAGUAGAACAAUAGUUCCUUAUAAAAUAUGAUGUUAACGUUGCAGUUUUCACUUCAAAACUUCAGCAAACCGAUGCUGCGGCGCACGCCGUGUUAUGCAAACUUAAUAAA